CGGCGCCGAAACCGAACUCUCGCGAGAUCUGGGGAAAAAACAGAGUACUUAAGCGGCCCGGCGGCGCUUGCGCGGCCUUGUUGAACCAGCAAAAUGGAGGAGGAUUAACUGGUUUGCAUUCACUGAAGCCCUCAAAGAAAAUGAAAGGUAUGCUGCCAGCAAGUCUUGUUGGUCAAUCUCCUGAGAGUCCAUCUGGCAAUAAAACACAGAAUGGCUCUCUAAAGCCCAAGUUGCCCAAACCUAAACUUGACCUCAGAGCCCUCUUUGACUACUUCAGAAGGAAGCAGCAUCUGAAGAGGAGAAAGUGGAGGCCAAGCGCCAGGAAGAAGAAAGUAGCAAAGAAUAAAACUGCAAAAUGCAAGGAGCGAGAAACAUGUGAGAGGAGACAGCAGCCAAGAGUCCCAGGAAAGAAACGGAAAAAGAAACUUACUGAGAAAGUUGUUAAUUUUCCUUUUGUGGAGAGACUGUACGGAGUGAAACGCAUUCCCUUUAGAAUGGUGUGUCUGUAUGAGCAAGCAGCUUUAAAUGGAUACUUUAGAUACAUUGAAACGCUGAAGUUAGAGAAGCUCAUGGAAAAAUCUUUGACGCAGUUGAAUGCUGUGGAUGAUCUAGAAAACGAAAGUCUGGCGUCAAGAAAGUACAAAUACGUGGAUGAGGAUGAACCUCUUUCUCCCAUUGUGGAGACAAAUGGAGAUGACCAAACUGAGAGUUCUGCAGAUAAAGAAGAAAUGGGUGCCAAGAUAGUGGAAAACAGCUGUUUCAUACUAAGUAGUGAAAUUCCAAAGAAGACACGCAAGAGGAAGUCAAACACUACCAGCAACUGAAGCCACUAAUAGCCAUGAUAAGCAAUGGCUCUGAGAACAUAUGGAAGCAGCAUUUGUCCAUGGCAGCAAGGAAGAUGACUUCAUCCACACUGGUUCCUAUAGUUUGCAGCUAGCCUUGGAUUUGUUCUGCUUCACCAGUGUUCUAGACAGUGAUGGUUAGAAAAAACCCCGGCUUGCAAAAGAGUGCAUGGAAAAACACUGGAAAACGUUUUGUAUCCUGAACCAUCAUGAAAUGGUCCAAUUGUGAUGUGAUGUCUAUCCAUCAAAGCAACAGCUUUGUGCUAAAGGAAUCCAGAUAGUGAACACCUGUCGCCUAAAUUGCUGGCUCUUUCAGGUAGAAAAUUCAAAUGGCAUGAAGCUGCUCUAGUUUGGAACAGAAGGACGUUGAGGCAUGGACUUGGAUGAAAGCAUGUGAUGCAGCUUGGAAAACAAUCUGCUUGAAAAGUGCUUCUAGACAAUCUACAAGCCUGAAAAGGAAUCUGCAAUUUAGGCAAAUAAGCUCUGUCUGGUGCUAAAGGUACCUUAACAGCUGGAUAGAAAAUGGAAGAACACGCCGGGAUGCUCUUUUGUCAGACAGCUUUUAAAUUAAACGAAUUGGUGUUUUUCUUAAAGCUUCAAAAGUGAAACUUACGGAAUUCUAAAAUGUCUGCUCAAUAAACAAGUCCUUGCUGGAA